AUGCGCCUCGUGCGGGAGACCCAGGAAUUAAAGAGCCCAGAGGUUCUCCUGCGCACCGCCUGGUGCCACGUGGCAGCCCGAAAGCAGCGGGUGCUCAUCAACCCGAGCUUUCAACGUCAGCUGCUGCUCUUCGCUCGUAUGGGCUGCCGUUGGUUCCCCACCUUGGCGAACGUGUGGCGCACAUCGCCUGAGCGGGAGAUGGCCGCCUUCCGAGUCUUCGAUGCGGAGGAUGUGGAGGUGGGAGAAAAGGGAUGA